AUGCUGCGCGUGUGGGCCUUGCUCGGGUGCCUCCUGGGCUCCUUGGCCUCAAGUCCGGUGGGUUUGCCGAGCCUUCGCCUUGAGAGGGACGAAGACGAUGAGGAUGAUGAUGACGACGACAACGUCGAUGGCGUUGGCAAAGAUAGAUAUAGGGACAUGCCUCCUCCUGAUGAGAUAAGAUACACGCAUGGCAUGCGAACAGGGAAAUCAGCAAGAGAAGGCGCGAUCAUUCAAAACAUGACGGGAGGAAAGAAGAUCAAAUAUUACUACGGAAGGACCAACUAUUGGAGGGAUGUUCUCAACCAAACAGAUCCCUGGGAGCAGUUCGAGCCUGACCUCCAUAAGGGUCAAACAUACGCAGACUUCAUGUUUGCUAAAGAGCGUUUUGACAACGUGGACGUGAUGGAGCAACAUGGGCCACUCAAGGAUCGGAUGAGAGACUUGAUCGCGGAGGGACGUACAACCCCAGCUGGAUAUGGCCUCACGAUUGUUCACAACGAUGAUUUGUCUGUUUCGCUGUCAAACAAAUCAAGAUUGCUGGAGCCCGACGAAGUGUUCGCUCGCUUCGUUCCUUACCAGAAUGCUUCAUACCCAGAACCAACGAAGAGCAGAGACAGGUACAUCAAAGCUUUCGAAGAUCAGCUAAGAUCUCUGAUGCAAUGUGGUGGAAAUGUUUCCUGGCACAUGCCUCCCGACAUGUUGGCGCCGUUGCACUACGCUGCGCUGAAUGGCCAUUUGGAGAUCGUCAAGAUUCUCAUCGAGAAAGGCGUCAACGUGAGCGCUCGGGAUGACUGGGACCGCACGCCGCUGCACUGGGCUGGUGAGGACAGAGCAUACAACGGUCACGUGGAAGUUGCGAAGGAGCUGAUAGCCAACGGGGCGAACGUGAUGGCCAAGGUGGGGAGGAGACGCUGGGAGGAAGAGGCGUUUGACGCAGUGGCGCAGACCAAGGGAGACUGUACCCCCUACUCGUUCGCGUCGAUGUUCAUGCACACGCACAACGACGUCAUCCGCUACUUCCGCGACCAGGAGAGCAAGUUGAACCCCUCCAUCCUCAACAAAGACACCUCCACGACAAACUUCUUGGAUGAUGAGAUGUUCAAGCAGCGCAACGCGAAAGCAAGUCAGGAGCAGGAAGAUGUCAAGAAGAAGUCGAGCUCGGAUACAAGCAGGUCCAACAGCAGCUCGAGCAAGACCAAGAAGUCAAAGAGCAGCAAGGACAAGUCCAAGAGCUCCAGAGACAAACCUUCCAGGAAGACCCCAGCUGAGACACGUAAGGACGAGGAUGCGGAUGAGCUUCUGCGAGGCAUGGGGGCUGCUCUGUCCCAGGCUGUUCCCAAGCCCAAGCUCUUCGACCCUCUUGCCGGCCUCAGCUUCGGCCUGCCAUCUAGCGGCGCAGACAGAGGAGAGAGCAAGAGGAAGGAGGAGGCCAGCCGAACUCCUGCAGCCGAUGCGCGCGACUUCGGCAUGGAAGAUGCUGCCAACUUGAUCAAGUCGUCCGGCGUGCGCACUUUUGCUGAGCACCAUGCUCCUUCUCACCCCUCCCGGUCUACCUUCGCCUCCUCCAACCUCUCCAUCCUUUCUGAGGAAAGCCUUGGCGAUAGCCAGACGAAAGUUUACGCUCUGCCGAGCAGAGAGGAGGAAGAGGAGGAGGAGGAGGAGGAGACAGAAGAACAAAGAUUCUCAAAGUUUGGAAACAUUCGCAUGGCAGGGGAUCUCCUCCCCGAUGAGCAAGCCCCUAGUGUGCAGAGGGAAAAGACCAAGAAGACGGUGGGUGCCGAGACUUCGGACUCCUCUUUUGACCUCUCCGACUUGUCGAUCUCCGACUCUGAGCUGAUGGUGGACACGACUCGUUCGGCAGGAAGGAAGGGGAUCCUCAAGAAGAAAUCCUCCUCCUCCUCCCCCUCCUCUCGCCCUUCCCGUCCCAAGAAGAUUCGCUUUGGUCAAGUUUCCUACCGUGACGACGAUCCUUUUUCCCGCUCUCUCUCCUCCAAACCACAAACCUUCCAGACCGUCAACAAUCUCGACGGGAAAGAGAAGGAUGAGAAGGAGAAAGGGGGCUUGUUUGCAUCGAAGUUCGGGAAUAUUCAGUUCGCGGACGACCUGGGAGGGAAGCAGGAGGAGCAGGAGGAGCAGGAGGAGGAGGAGGAGGAGGAGAAAGGGGGCUUAUUUGCAUCGAAGUUCGGGAAUAUUCAGUUCGCGGACGACCUGGGAGGGAAGCAGGAGGAGGAUGGAUGGAUGGAGGAGGAGGAGGAGGAGGAGGAGAAAGGGGGCUUAUUUGCAUCGAAGUUCGGGAAUAUUCAGUUCGCGGACGACCUGGGAGGGAAGCAGGACGGGGAGGAAAUUCCAGCAGAGGUCGAGCUCGAUGAAGAGGUUGUUGAUGAUUUUGACUCUCACGGGUAUGAUGAAGACUUCCAUGAGGACGUCUCGGCUUGCGAGGAGGAGAGCAGACCCUCCAGCCAAGGCCCAGCUGCGUCAAGGGAGGCUGCUAGCAGGGAGCAAGAAAGAUCAGCGCAGAUUCAGAGGAUGGAGGAGGAGCUGAGCUUCUGGAAGGUGGAGGCGAUGCGCCUGGCAGCUGAGAAGGAUGAGACGCAUCGCACGCUCAAGGGGCUGAUGAAGCUGAGAACGACGGAACAGGCGGGGGAGAGAAGAGUUGACACGGAUCGAGUGAGGAGUCAGGCGACAGGGAGUGACAGCGGCACGAGCAGGCCUCAGGUCUUCCCGAUCGCAAGCAGCUUGAUGGAUGAGUCUCAGCGGAUCUCCAUGUCCUUGCGCAAGCCUCUCUUGGAUGCCUCCGAGCAGCUCCUUGCUGCCAACUUGCAUCUCAUCCGAGCUGCGAUGAAUCGCUCUCAAGCCCGAGCUGCGUUCCAGCAGAGGAGAAAUGACUUCAGUUACACGACCCUCGAAGACACUCUAGCCUACAUGCGCAGCUGCCCACUCCGACCUCAGGUUCGAACGUUCCGAGAGGCGCUGGAGGACAUCAGGACCAAGGUUUGA